AUGCAACACUCUCUCCGCUCCGACCUUAUUCCGCCGGAGACUUCCUCUAAUUUUCAUUCACUCUCACAAACCAAACAUGCCAAUACUAAUUCCCGACUUCUCAUUAACCCUUUCAAAACACCAACAAAACUUCCCGAUUUCCCUCCUCUCAUCACUUCUCCGGCGACGUCACCACCACCGUCUCCGGUGGAGUUCAAGCCGACGCAUCCCCAACUAAACCCUUUCCAGAAGCUAGCGGCUUCGAUGCUCGACAAGAUCGAGUCCACGCUCGUUAUACCUAUGGAACAAAAUCACCCGCUUCCUAAACCGACCGACCCGGAAGUUCAAUUAUCCGGUAAUUUUGCACCGGUUAACGAGGUUCCGGUUCAGAACGGUUUACAAGUCGUUGGUCGGAUUCCUCAUUGUCUACGAGGAGUGUACAUCCGUAACGGAGCUAACCCUUUGUUUCCGCCGUUAGCUGGACACCAUCUGUUCGACGGUGACGGAAUGAUUCACGCCGUUAACAUCGGUUCUGACAACCAAGUUAGUUACAGCUGCCGGUAUACUCAAACAAACCGGCUUGUUCAAGAAGCAGAGCUGGGACGAUCGGUUUUCCCUAAACCAAUCGGAGAGCUUCAUGGCCAUUCGGGACUGGCUCGGCUCGCUUUAUUCGCGGCUCGAGCUCAGAUCGGCCUCGUCGACGCAACACGUGGCAUGGGUGUAGCUAACGCCGGCCUCGUUUACUUUAACGGGAGGUUAUUAGCCAUGUCAGAGGAUGAUCUCCCUUACCACGUGAAAAUCAACGGCCAAGGAGACCUUGAGACAAUCGGACGGUUCGGAUUCGACGAGCAGAUUAAUUGUCCAGUCAUAGCGCAUCCUAAGGUGGACCCUACCACAGGGGAUUUACACACGCUGAGUUACAACGUUUUGAGAAAACCUCAUCUCAAGUAUUUCAAAUUCGACACGUGCGGGAAAAAGACUCGUGACGUGGACAUCACUCUACCGCAACCCACGAUGAUCCACGAUUUCGCGAUAACCGAAAAUUUCGUCGUCAUCCCGGACCAGCAACUGGUUUUCAAAUUAUCCGAAAUGGUUCGUGGCGGGUCACCGGUUAUCUACGAUAAGGAGAAGAUGUCGAGGUUCGGAGUUAUGUCCAAGGAGGAUAAGACCGGGUCAGGUAUAAAUUGGGUCGACGUACCGGAUUGCUUCUGUUUCCAUUUAUGGAACGCGUGGGAAGAGAUAACCGAAAACGGAGACCCGGUUAUCGUUGUAAUCGGGUCGUGCAUGAACCCGCCCGACACUAUUUUCAGCGACUCUGGAGAACCGACUCGAAUCGAGUUAAGCGAGAUCCGGUUAAACCUGAGGACAAAAGAAUCGAACCGGAAUGUUAUUGUAACCGGGAUGAAUUUAGAAGCGGGUGAGGUGAACCAGAGUUUCUUGGGUCGUAAAACCCGGUUUGUUUACUUAGCGAUAGCCGAACCUUGGCCCAAAUGCAGUGGCAUAGCGAAGGUGGAUUUAGCAAACGGUACGGUUUCGAAGUUUUAUUACGGUCCGGGCCGGUUCGGUGGAGAACCGUCUUUCGUACCGGAAAAAGAAGGAGAAGACGAAGGGUAUGUAAUGGGGUUUGUGAGGGACGAAGAGAGAGGUGAGUCAGAGUUUGUGGUGGUUGACGCAUCGGAGAUGAAGCAAGUCGCGGCGGUGCGACUGCCGGAGAGAGUCCCGUACGGGUUCCACGGAACGUUCGUGAGUGAGAAUCAGUUGAAGGAACAAGUUUUCUGA